AUGCAAAAUUGGAUAAAAAUAACGCUCGUUCUGUGUUUUUUUGGUACUUUACGUGAAAUUCGACCUUCGGAACCGUUUGUUACAGAAUUUUUACUAGGCGAAUGGCGAAAUAUUACAGAAGCUCAAUUAAAUCGCGAUGUUUACCCCGUUGGGACUUACUCGUAUUUAGCACUUCUUGUGUUAGUAUUUUUGAUAACAGACUUCCUUAGGUUCAAACCAGUUAUAAUUCUCUCAGGUAUUAGUGGCAUAUCUGUUUACGCUGUAUUAUUAUGGACAACAAGUAUAGAAUGGCUUCAAGUAUCCCAGUUCCUUUAUGGGCUGUACAUGGCUACAGAAGUUGCUUAUUUAACUUAUAUAUAUGCAAAGGUGGAUUCCGCGAAAUACCCUCUGGUGUCGUCGUGUACCCGUAUCGCGGCGUUAACGGGUCGUUUCUUGUCCGGAGCAAGUUCGCAACUUCUCACGCAUUACGGGCUAAUGAAUUAUCGGGAUUUGAAUUACAUCACCUUUGCCGCACAAAUUUUAGCAACUUUUUGGGCAUUCUGGCUGCCACCUGUCCCUUAUGGAAUAUACUUUCACAGACGAUCAAUAGUAAACUUUACACAAAUCGACUUAGGGCAGAUAAAUAUAGACAAGCAAAGUCCUCAAGACUCUGAAAAGCGUUCAUUCCGUCAUGACGUGACUGACGCGACAUAUCUCAUAGUGCGUCACGCACGCUCAGCGUACACAAGACCUAAAGUUCUAGCGUGGUCAUCGUUAUACGCUGUAGCGAUGGCGCUCUUUGUCCAAGCUCAGACGUAUGUUCAGUUACUUUGGAAACAGAUACAGGAGGAGAGUAAUUCACCGGUAGCAUACAACGGCGCAGUGGAAGCUGCUCAAACUCUACUAGGCGCUCUCGGCGCAUACGUAGCGUCGCACUGCGCACGCGCAUACCUCCCCGCCCCAGUAGCCGCCGUGCAGGGCCUCGCCGUAUUCAUAGGCACUUAUAUACCUAACGUGUUCGUCUCCUACGCGGGCUACAUAGUAAUGGGUCUGCUCUACCAUUACACUAUCACAUUGGCCAGUGCAAAAAUAGCUGGACAACUCAGCGAUGACAGCUGCUUCGGUCUAAUAUUCGGUAUUAAUACUCUGCUCGGUACCGGUCUACAGUCUCUGCUCACGCUUGUAAUGAUACAAAGUCUUACCUUACACAUAACAGCCCAGUACUUCACACUUAGUUUCCUGUUAAUUAUACAAGCAGGGCUGUGGAUGUUCGGCUGGGUAGUACAACUAUGUAGACAGAAUAAGAGUAUCAAUGUAACGAAUCAGUAUUAAUAGUUUGGUUGCUAUGGUUUUUAUUCUGAUGUAUCAGUUUUUAAUGUAGGGUUAAUCUUUCAAGUCUUAUUUUGUAUAAAUGUAAAAAUAAAAAUUGUGAUUUUUAUUUCAAAUACUGGUAAUUCAAUUUCAAAGACAAUACUUAAUUGAAAGAAAGUAUUUGAAAUUCAAAAAAAACUUCAAUUUAUUAACUUGUACAUCAAAUAUGAAACCAAUAUUUUUUUAUUAUUAUU